CUCGGCUGACACUGCACUUCCCUGAGUUUCUGAGUGAGAGUGGGUGAGUCAACUUUACACUCUCCUGAACCAGUUUAGCCGCCUAUACCAGCUUACUGACACCGUGUUCACACUCAGAGUGAGUGUGUGUGUGUGCGCGAGUGUACACAGUCUCACCAGCAGUGUAGAAAGUGUGAAAUGGCUGCAAUACUUACACGACAACGUUAAAGCGACAGGUUACCGGAAGCGCCAUGUACUCGCAGCAAGAUGUCAAGAACUCCUGCCUCAAGACAAGACCAGAUCGUAAAGCUCCUUUCUGCCGCUUUUUAUGCCCUCAGCUCCUUCCUCAUCAUCGUGGUCAACAAGACUGUUUUAACCAACUACCGAUUUCCCUCGUUCAUGUUCCUUGCAGUUGGACAGAUGGCUUUCACAAUCAUCAUUCUUUACUUAGCCAAAGUCUGCAAAGCAGUCAGUUUUCAGGAUUUUGACAAAAGCUUACCAAGAAAGAUUUUUCCUUUGCCAUUACUCUAUGUUGGCAAUCAUGUAACAGGACUGGGAAGCACGAAGAAAUUAAGCCUGCCCAUGUUCACUGUGCUCAGAAAAUUCACUAUUCUACUGACAAUGAUUAUGGAGUCAAAAAUAUUGAGGACAACGUUUUCACCUCAGCUGGUGUGCAGUGUGCUAGCCAUUGUGUUUGGGGCACUGAUCGCCGCAAGCUCUGACCUGGCAUUCGAUGCAGAAGGAUACACUUUUGUUCUACUCAACGAUGUCUUCACAGCUGCCAAUGGCGUGUACACAAAGAAGAAACUGGGAGUUGAGGGCCUUGGCAAGUAUGGGAUUUUGUUCUACAAUGCAUUCAUCAUCAUUAUACCCACUGCUUUGGCGAGUGCCUACACUGGAGAUUUAGAAAAGGCCAUCGCCUUUAAAGGGUGGCUGUCCCUGAGUUUCAUUUUGUAUUUUCUGCUGUCUUGCGCCAUGGGGUUCGUUUUGAUGUACUCUAUUGUUCUGUGCAGCUAUUACAACAGUGCCUUAACCACUACAGUUAUUGGAGCAGUUAAGAAUGUUGCUGUCGCCUACAUUGGUAUGUUCUUCGGAGGAGACUAUGUCUUCUCAUGGGCAAACUUUGUAGGACUAAAUAUAUGUAUCACUGGUGGCUUGGUGUACUCAUACCUGACCUUCCAAAGUAGCUCUUCUGCACAAACCACAAACCAAGAAGAGGACAAACUGAGAGUUCCUGUGGUAGAGGAGCUGCAGGACAGAGCUGAGAAAAGACCACUCACUGCAGUCUGAGCUAUAGACUGUAGCCUAUAAAGCUGCAGUCAGGAAUUUGUGUUUACAUUGAACACUAACUAUUGAUUGUUAUAGCCUACCUUAUUAAAUGACACUGACGACAGUGUGCAGUCCAUAUGUAACUGGACUAUAUCUAUAGAUCUGAACACCGACUAUGAAGUUAAAUGCUGACUAUUAGCAUCAAUUCCGUUCAUGUGCAGCUUUUAUGUACUGUAUGUCUGUACUGGCUGUGGGAUGUAGAAUCGCAGCUCUUUUUAUACAUAGUCCCCGUGUUUCGGCCGCUGUGAUUUGACAGUUGGCUGUUCACUUGUUUCUUGGCUAGCUAUGUGUCACAGCAGACUUAGUUCACGCACAAGAGAGCUAACAAAAGGUCUAGAUAUGACGUUUGCACCUGGAGUCUCUUGCUUUUAUCUCUUGACACCAAUGAAGCAUCAAAGCCAGUAAAGAAGGCCAUCAUGAAGCUGAAUAAAUCAACCAGGACAGCCAAAAUAUUAGGCGUCACAAUCAAUGAGCACCCUCGUAGGCCAGUAUGUAAAACAGUUACCACAAUAUGCAAACCAGUUAGCAAGAGCAUGAAUGGUUGUCAACGGAACUGACUCACUGUUUCUUAUCUGACUUACAUAGAACAGAAUAGUCUACUUAGAUCCAGUAACUCCCUAGAUCUCACAUAUAUAGAACAGAAUAGUCUACUUGGAUCCAAUAAUUCCCCAGAUCUCAGGGGAUGGCCCAUCACCUUACAGCAGGACAGUCACCCCAAACGUAGUCGUAUGCACAAGUUUGGGCAUCCCUGUUUAAAAUACAUAUUUUGUUUGUUUUGACGUGAAAAUAAGUACACAUCCUCUACAUUGAACAGUUUAGCAAAUUCAUAUAAAUUAUAUAUAAUUUGCAGAACAAAUUUCAUGUUUACAUUUUUUGCCCUGUAGAGGAUAUGUAACUUGUCAUUUAUAAAAUCAACAAAACUUGUAAUUUGACCAGAGGUAUUCAAAUGUUUGCAUACAACUGUACUAAAACAACCAUGUGGACAAGAAGUGGAAUGUUAUUUAUUUAUUUUUUUUAUGUCAGCCGUCCAACCUGACCCACACUGAGCAUGCCUUAUGAGAACAAAGUCCACAAUCAAUCAGGAAAUCAAAAAACCCCCAGUCCAUCAGCAAAUCACUGAAAAUUAUUGCAUAACUAACGUACUACCAGUGAAGAUGCGUUAUAUCAGGAUGUCUAUGAAUCAAAGAUAUUGUGCAGUCAUUGACGGUAGAAUUUUUUUUCCAUUUGGAGCUUUUGAAGGCAACAUGCCUCCAAUGGAGUCUUCCUAAAUUCAGUCAGUGCCACUUUCUUUGGAAAUUCCUGAUUGUGACAAGACUGAUGUAAUACUUUUAUAGGCAGUGCAUAUCGUAUUGACAUUUUUUUUAACAAUUUAUUUCUGUUUGCAUAUUAAAAACAACUGUUUUGGUAUUAAAUUUUAUACUUGUUGAUCCAAACUGUACAGUGAUAAAAUAUGUCAAAUAUAAGUACUUGAAUAUUUAUAUCAGCACCCUUAGGGGGUCAGAAAGUGCUUUUUCUGACAACUGUCAGUUCCUGCCUCAGGAUAUAGUAAAUAUAGUUACAUCUAAGUAAUGUGUAUGGAACAUACACUUUUACAUUUUUGUUGAUAUGAAAAGUGUAUUGUAUAUUGUAUGUGUACAUUUAAGAAAGACAAUAAUGAUCUUGUUUUUCUGUAUUGGGAUUUAUAAAUCAUGACUAAUACAGCACAGAUGUUGUCAGUCA